UGUUACACAUCUCUGGUCACAAUGUGCUUUGCAUCAUUUCAUCUUUCAAGCAGGCCAGUGAGUGUUCCCCCUAAUCACAACACAAGUCUAUUGGAGGGUGAUCCAUUUACAGCUGAGUGGACUGCAGCAAAGUGAAAUGAGGUGUUUUGCUCAAGAAUACAAGACAUGGAUGUAAAUAAGAUUAUAAGCAACAUUCUGGAUGGGGACUUUGAAGAUGUUGAACGACUUAUCAAAGAAAAUCCUGAUAAAGUUAACCAAAUAGAUUCUGACAGUAAAACUUUCUUAAUGGCAGCUUGUGAACAGGGCAGCACAAGUCUAAUAGCCUUCUUGAUAGAAUCUGGAGCCAAUAUGGACAUGAGUGACAAAGAAGGUCUGACAGCAUUACAUUAUGCUGUGUAUAGCCACCUAACGGGAUGA